GGCCAUUGAGCAUGUACACGGACCCCGCCGCCGCGCUAAGUGCGGCGGCAAAGAGCAGUGGAGCACCUCCCCUUCCAGAAGAAAGUAGGACAGCCGGUUUGAGGCAAAAUACUGAGGAAGCGCUUUUGUCCUACUUCCGCUUUUUUCUUUAUCUCAAAGGAAGUUCUGGUUGUGGCACCUCCUACGCCACACCUUGUGUUGGGAAAUGGGAGCACAAGCUAAUCUUAAAAGUCCAGAGGCGUCUCUCAUCUGCUCUCCUUGAGCCUCGUCGCACCGUUUUCUAAACCACUCCUGUCCUUAGGUCAGACUGAGGAGCCUAUGGCACUUAAGCCUUUCAAUCCCCAACCCAUUCUAAGCACGUCUUGAGCUGGAUGCAAGAGACACUGAGGUAGAUGACAUGCUCCUAGGUACGUUCAGACCAGCCGGUAAGUGGCAGGAUGAAAUGAAGCUAGCGAAUCAUCAGGACCCCUCACUUGCAUGGGCACCUGGGAGAGCAAGGAGUUGCUGAGAGUUACGGUGGCUUCCAGUUGUGGAGCGGAAGCCAGCUGUCAAUCGAGAAGCAACUCUUUGUAAUGAGCAUUUCUGAUAAAUCGCUUAAAGAUAUCUCAGAAGACAGGGAAUCUGAAUUUCCAUGUCUUCAGUAAUUUGAUGUGAUGUCUUAUUCUAAGUAUUUACUUUGUAAAUACUUAAGCAUUGUAUGAGCUUCAACCUCACAAAACCUGAAUCCAGUACAAGAGUAGCUAGACAGGUAAAUGGGGUCCCAGUACCUGGUGGCAAGUUUGUCCACACAUAAUGGGGGAGCGGAGGCGAAAGGGCAGAGAAAAUUUUUGUUUAAAUUUUUCUAGUCUUGCCAUAAAAUAUGAAUUUUAUUUCACACCUGCUGCCUAAGAAGGUACCUCAGUCUCCAGGAGCAAUGCCCAAAGCCCACGUUGGGUGCCUUUAAACUUGCUAAUCACCACACGGUUCUCACAUUUUGGCUAAAUCAAACCUGUUUUUGUCUUCAAAAACAAGCACUGAGUGCUCCCUGAGGCUGUAAUAGGAGGUGUGGAGGCAGGAAGAAAAAGCCUUUGAAAAAGAGAACAAGGACAAACAGAUGCUUGUACACCCAUAUUCACAGCAUUAUUCACAAUAGCCAAAAGGUGGAAACAACCCAAAUGUCCGCUGAUGCAUGAAUGUGUUUUCAAGAUGUGGUAUAUAUGUAUGAUGGGGUAUUAUGCAGCCUAAAAAGGAACAAAAUUCUAACACGAUGCAACAUGGAUGAACCUUGAAAACAUCAUGCUAAGUCAAAGAAGCUAGACACACAAAAAACAAAUAUUGACUAAUUACAUUUACACAAGGCGCCUAGAAUAGGCAAAUUCAUAGAAACAGAAAAUAGAAUAGUGGUCACUAGGGGCUGGCUGGUAGGAGGGAUUGGAGAGUUACUGUUUAAUGGGUACAGUGUUUCAGUCUGGGAUGAUGAAAAAGUUCUAGAGUUGGAUAGUGGUGCUGGUUGUACAACAAUGUGAAUGUACAUAAUGCCACUGAUUUGUACACUUUAAAAUGGUUAAAAUGGUAAGUUUCCUUAUGUAUAUUUUACCACAAUUUUAAAAGUAAAGAAAAAUAAGAAAAAUUGUACUUGACCUUCCUUCCUCUAUCUCCUAUUUUUCUCCCACCUAGGAGGAUAUCAAUAACACCAAAGAUGUUACUGGCUUUACCUAUGACAGAGUCCUGUCUCCAUCUGUCUACUCUGGGUUAUUAAGCACUGGACAAACAAGCCAGUCUGUAAACAGAUAGGGUAGGGGGUCCACAGAGAAAGAGAACCAGGCAUGGCUUUCUUGACGUAAGAAAAGCCAUAUUUGGCCGAAGCCAUUUUUUGAUCUACGCCUGGCCACAAUGCUUGUCGUUGAACAGGUCUCAGUAAUUAAUGAUCGUAAGGGAAGUGAGGGAAUGCAGGAACAAAGGAAAAGCAGUCAAGAAACAGUAGUUCAGCAAUAAAACAGAGUCCUAGUUCCUCCUCAAGGGAUGUACAUAAUAUGAUACACAUCUUCAAGUUCUACAGGAACUAAGGCCCCCACCCAGAUGGAGGAUGGAAUGAUGUUGAUCUUUUCUGACACUUGUGGCUUUAAUCACCUAAAGCUUUGUCCCAGUUCAAUGUUAAAAAUCUCCUCAGCUCAAGCCCCUUCAUGAAUAUGCAUAUACCACACAAGGCCUUUCAUGGAUAUGCACGUACUCUUGGCUUAAAACUUCCCCAGUUUUGCUGUUCAGGGAGACACUGCUUUGGGAAAGAUCCCCGGUGUUCUCCUUUCUAACUUCAAGCAAUAAAUCCUUCAUUCUCCCUAUCUUUGGCUUGGUUGUGUCUUUUGGCUCAACACCCACCAAGAGGGGAACCCAGUUUUUGGGUAACAAGCCUGACCUAGGCUGAAGUGCCUAAACUACCUAGAAGAUCACUAUGUCUGGGUUGUGGACUCUGUCUCUGCCUUCCAUCUUGUGCGAGGCCUCCCCAGCCUUUAGCUAAACUGGCAAAAAACAUCCCUAUCUUUUUGUGUUCCAACUUCAUACCUACCUGCCUUAUUUGCCUUGGCACUGCUUUCAGUUUAAAAUACCACUGGUUCUAUCAAUCUUUUGAACAAUUUGUCCUUCUCAAAAUGAAGCAUAACAUCAGUUACAGAGAGCACUCUUCCUGCUAAAAAUAGUGUAUUUGAUCAUCAAACUUAUAGCUCAAGAGGCUAUUCUGGGAUAUUUAAAUAAAUGAAGUCAGAAAAGGUUAUUUAAGAAUUCCAAAGAAUCUAAAGGAACAAGUUUCCAAGAAUCGAUUGUGAAGCAGUAAAGUUGCCAGAAUAUUUAAUGUUAAAGGCACCAUGGGUGUAGCACAAGUUCUUUUCAUUUAGCAGAGCAUCUUGAGUAUUUUAGAAGGAAGUUGUUAAAUGCCUUUCUCUGAUACAAUGAUCAAAUUUAGUUCUAAGCAAUUAGCAAAUUUUUUGUCUGUUUUCAGUACACAGUGUUCAUAGCCUGCCUACCACAAGACAAAAGUUUCUCAGUCAGUUGGGAAUUCAUAGUCUUCCCUGCCAGGUGUCCAGUGGAAUCCUGUUCUAUAUUCUGGAGCAGGUUCUGGAAUCAUUUGCUUCACAAUGGCACAGGAAUCCAUCCCCAUGGCCAAAGGCAGCAGCAACAGCUACAGCAGGCUGAAACAACAGAGGGGAUGACUUGAGCUCACUGGAAGCAUCAGUUUCUCUUCCAGACAAGACAAAGACAAGACUGAAAAAGGAUCUUGAGUUCUCCAUUGAAUGAUCUUUACUCUCCUGCUGGUCUCCUCACUGAGGCAGGAGGGGUGUGGUUUCAAGACUCGAGCUCAAACCGGGAUAAAGUCAUUUUUGCCUCAGGACCCACGUCGCAGAAAAGGCUCCAGACGCGCAGGGUCAGUGGCCAUGGCUCACGGGCCCAGCCGCUCCGCGGCAUGUGGGAUCUUCCCGGAGAGGGGCACGAACCCGGGUCCCCUGCAUCGGCAGGUGGACUCUCAACCACUGCGCCACCAGGCCCGACUGGUCCCGCCCACGCCUACGGCCUCCGGGGUUCUAAGUCCCCGCCCCCUCCGAGGAGUUUCCCAAAACCCAGCGCGGCAGGCUUCAGCCGCGCUAAGAUGGCGACUCCCAUGCAUCGCCUCAUAGCCCGGAGACAAGCUGAAGCAAAUAAACAACAUGUAAGAUGUCAGAAAUGCUUGGAAUUUGGGCAUUGGACUUAUGAAUGCACAGGAAAAAGAAAGUACCUACAUAGGCCUUCAAGAACAGCAGAACUAAAGAAAGCUUUAAAAGAAAAAGAAAACAGAUUAUUAUUACAGCAAAGCAUUGGAGAAACUAAUGUAGAAAGAAAGACCAAGAAAAAAAGGUCUAAGAGUGUAACUAGUUCCAGUAGCAAUAGCAGUGACAGUUCAGCCAGUGAUUCUUCGUCAGAGAGUGAAGAGACCUCUACCUCAUCCUCCUCAGAGGACAGUGACUCUGAUGAAAGCUCCUCCAGUUCAUCAUCUUCAGCCUCCUCCACAAGCUCUUCCUCGUCCUCCGAUUCAGACUCAGAUUCCAGCUCUUCCAGUAGCAGCAGCAGCAGCAGCACAAAUAGUGGCUCUGAGGAUGAACCACCAAAGAAGAAGAAAAAGAAAUAGAAUUGUUCCAUCCAUGUUGGACUGAUGGACUAAAAACAUUAAUGCGAUUCUCAGAAGGGAAUUUAGAAUGUGUUAAGACCAAAUAGGUUAACUGAUCAAAAUUUUUAGAGUUCAAAAGUUUCUAAAUGUUUUACAUUGUAGGAGCAUAAAGAGUAUUAAUAAUGGAUUAUAUAUAUAAAGACUUUUUUAUUUUAGGGGUGAAUCUUUUUUUUUUAUCUUUAAAAUAUAUCUCUAAAAUUAAUCAAAGCUGAAAUCUAGUAAAUCUUUUUUUUUUUUUUGGCGAUACGCAGGCCUCACUGCUGUGGCCUCUCCCGUUGCAGAGCACAGGCUCCGGACGCGCAGGCUCAGCGGCCAUGGCUCACGGGCCCAGCCGCUCUGCGGCAUGUGGGAUCCUCCCGGACCGGGGCACGAACCCGUGUCCCCUGCAUCGGCAGGCGGACUCUCAACCACUGUGCCACCAGGGAGGCCCCUCUAGUAAAUCUUUUUGUGAUGAAACCUAUCUUUUCUCCCUGUGAAAUAAAUGCCAUACUUUGUUACAUGUUAGUGCUAUGUAUCAGACACGUUUUCAGGAUAAUGCAUCAGAAUAUCUAUCUGGCGGUGAAUUUCUAAUGCUUUUGGCUGUAUGUUACUAUGUAAGAUUUAAUACCUCUAUAAGCUUAGAGUUUUCCUACUGUUAAUACAUGUGCUCUAUUUUUAUGUUUAUGUUCAGAAAGUUCUUCUGACUUCUUCUUCUAAGUGAAAAGUUCAAGGAAUCUAUUAAUAAAUUUAUACCUUUUUGAUGGUACAAGUUUUAAGUUACUGUGUUGUAUCAUUCAUUUUCUUCUGGUUCUUAGAGUUACCCUUUUAUGACAAAAAUUAUUCUAGAGGAACUUAAAAAGGAACAAAAUUCUGAAACUACAUAGGACUCUAAUCUUGGUGCCUUUUGAUAAAUUCAUUGUAUCAGAAAAGAAAACAGUCAUUUAAAAAGCUAACUUAGGGCUUCCCUGGUGGCGCAGUGGUUGAGAGUCCUCCUGCCGAUGCAGGGGACACGGGUUCGUGCUCCGGUCCGGGAAGAUCCCACAUGCCGCGGAGCGGCUGGGCCCGUGAGCCAUGGCCGCUGAGCCUGCGCGUCCAGAGCCUGUGCUCCGCAAUGGGAGAGGCCACAACAGUGAGAGGCCCGCAUACGGGAAAAAAAAAAGCUAACUUAAGUAAAAGUGAUAUAAAUACCUUUGUGUGUUGAUAUGCUAUAAAAGGUACCAUUCAAAGGGGAAAAAAAAUGGUAGGAGGAAGAGAGGUAAUUUUUACAGAAAAUUAGAGUGAUGUUGGUUGCCUUUUACUAAAAUAUUAAGUUUUCAUAAAGAUUGCCUUUUACCAUUUUGCAAUUGUGGUAUGACAGUUCAUAUGGUAACUGGUCGUAUAUGACAGUCUACUGCAUAAAUAUGAAUGACUUGGAUUAAUCUGGUGUGUUGACAUAGCAUAUACACAGUUGACAUCUAGCAUGAAAGUUUAAAAAGAAAUACUGCACAGUAUUUCUUAAAAGUACCAGGCCAUGGUGAAAUUAUUUGGUUUAACAUCACAUUAUUUUGUGAUGUCUUUUAAACUUUUUGGAAAGAGGUAUCAUUUGUAGAAAAAUCUUGAUUUGGGUUAAAUAUAGGUUUUUUAAAACUACAGAUGUUGUCUUUUUAUAUUUUUAUGAAAAAGCAGUAGAAAAUUACUUUUGAAGAAAAUGGACUUCUAUUUAAAUGUUUAAGUAUAUGUAUGUUGUGAGCUUAAAGAGCUGUAAUUACCUGUUUUACAGAACCGUUGCUUUCAAUGAUUGUAAAUAAACUCUCAAAACAUCAUUUUAAGGCUCCAUACAGAAUGUGUCAAUUGACAGGCAAAUUUAAUAAAUUACUAACGAAAUACAGUUUACAAUGUAAUCUCUGUAAGGGCAAUUUUAGCAGUUAAACUUGGAAGGGAAACAAAUGUGUACAUAGGUUACAUCACUUGCAGUUAAAUAAAGCUCAGUUUGUGCUGACGAGCUUAAUAAGCUGCUUUUAUCUCUUUGCUGUUUUACUUAAUGCCACUUCUUAUCUAUUUACAUGGUAAGAGCAUUUAAAUUCUAAUUAUUUUUACUAUUACAGAUGUUAAAAGGUAUACCUGGGAAAGUACAGAGGACAGGAACUUUAUUCUAGUCACACAGUUUACUCAAAAAAGCAGAAUCAAUGGCAAAGUGGAGAGUAACUUCCAAAGAGUUUCUCUCCAUCCUGCCUAAAAGCAGAACUCUGGAUGUUGAAUCCCUGGCAAAUGUAAUAAAUGUAUUAUUUCUCAACCACAACCACAAACAUAUCAAAAGGAGACAUAAUUAGAUGAUAGGUUUCACUCCACAAACAUUUGUUAGUAUGACUAUAUAAUAUAGUAAAUUUGUCUUGGGAUCAAAAGAUGGCAUUAGGCCAAGUUAGCACUGGAAAUGGAAAAAAAUACAGAGAAGGUGUACUUUAUAGUCAUGGUUUUAUUUACUUUUUUUUUUUUUUUAAUUGCGGUAUGCAGGCCUCUCACUGUUGGGGCCUCUCCCGUUACAGAGCACAGGCUCCGGACGCGCAGGCUCAGCGGCCAUGGCUCACGGGCCCAGCCGCUCCGCGGCAUGUGGGAUCUUCCCGGACCGGAGCACGCACCCGUGUCCCCUGCAUCGGCAGGCAGAUUCUCAACCACUGCACCACCAGGGAAGCCCCGCUAUUUACUUUUUUAACUUGCUAUUUUGAACUGACUGUAGAUUUACAGAAAAUUUGUAAAAAUAUUACAAUUUCCGUGUAUACCUCACCUAGCUUCCCCUAAUGUUAGCAUCUUAUAUAACCAUAGUACAAUGAUCAGAACCAAGAAAUUAAUAUUUGAUAAACUACUGUUAAUUAAAUCAAAAGCCUUACUCAUAUUUCAUCAGCUUUCCCAGUAAUGUUCUAUUUCUGUUCCAUUAUAUUACCCAGAAAGUACAUUUAGUUACUUCUAAGUCUGCGGCUGAGUUCCUUAGUCUUUCCUUGUCUUUCAUGCCCUUGUCACUUUUGAAGAGUAUUGAUCAGUUAUUUUGUCUAAUGUCCCUCAAUUUGGGUUUGCCUAGUGUUUUCUCAUGACUGAACUCAUGUUAUGCUUUUUGGAAGAAUAUCACAGAAAUGAAGAAUUCCCAAUGUCAAUAAGUCAUUUAUUAUUGGUGAUGUUGACCUUGAUUACUUGGUGAAGGUGGUUUCAUCAGGUUUCUCCAUUGCAAAGUUACUGUCUUUCCCCUUUUAGUUGAUAGAUAUCUUGGAGGAGAUACUUUGAGACUUUGCAAAUUGUCCUUACAGUCAGCCACUACUUUUAGUGGAUCUUGUCUAGAACAAUUAUUACUGUGAUGUUUUGCAAAUGGUGAUUUUCCAUUUCCCUCUUUACUUCUACACUAAUUGGAAUUAUACUCUAAGGAAGAGCUGCCUCUUCUCCCCCAUUCAUUUAAUCAAUGGUACUGUGGACUCCUGGAUGUUUAUUUUGUUCUGUGGGUUAAAAUUCAAUAAUAGUGUUCCUUUGUUGCUCAAAUUCUUACACCUUUGGCUAUUAGAAGAGUUCCUUCACGUAGGCUCCUUCAUUCUUUCAACAAAUCCUCAUCUUUUUGUUAGGACUUCCUUACUUUGUGGGACCACAAGAUGUUCCGGGUUCAUCUUGUGGACUCCUUGCCCCAUCUUUGGAAGCAACCACUUCUCCAAGGGGCCUGCCCUGGUUUUUAAUUGGAGAAUGGUGUUUAGAAUCCAUGAUCUGGGUGCUGUCUUAGUAGGUUUCUUAUACAUUUUGUAUAAUAGUGUUCUAAGGUAGGUAGUUAAGACAUGGAGACCUGCCAUUAGCAGGAAGAAAUUAGUUAAUUCAACAUUUCUCAGGUUAGCUUUUUUUACUUUCACAGGACUCUUCCUCAGCAGCAAAGCUCUUUGACAACAGCUGGAAGAGACAAAGUCUUUAAUUAAAAAUUGCCAUUAGAGACUUCCCUGGUGGUCCAGUGGUUAAGACUCCGUGGUUCCAAUGCAGAGGACGGAGGACGAGGUUUCGAUCCCUGGUCGGGGAAACUAAAAUCCCACAUUCUGCGUCGUGCAGUCAAAAAAAAAAAAAAUUUUGUCAUUACUUCCUCCCAUCCCCCACUCUAUAGUAUAUCUAAAUUGAGACAUAGGCCAAAUAUAUAUCCAUAUUCAGACCUUGGGUUAUAGUGCCUUAAUUGAAAGAAAUUGGCCCAAAGUAAUAUUUCAAAUUGUAUUUUUAUAUACUGUCCUGUGGGUUUAUACAUCCUGGGAAAAUUGUGCCAUAAAAAGAUUUAGGUGUGGGGACUUUCCUGGUGGCACAGUGGUUAAGAAUCCGCAUGCCAGUGCAGGGAACAUUGGUUUGAUCCCUGGUCUGGGAAGAUUCCCACAUGCCACGGAGCAACUAAGCCCGUGCACCACAACUUCUGAGCCCGCACUCUAGAGCCCGCGAGCCACAACUACUGAGCCCACUUGCCACAACUACUGAAGCCCACGCAUCUAGAGCCCGUGCUCCGCAACAAGAGAAGCCACUUCAAUGAGAAGCCCGCGCACCGCAACGAAGAGUAGCCCCCACUCUCCGCAAGUGGGAAAAGCCUGCGCGCAGCAGCGAAAACCCAAGGCAGCCAUAAAUAAAUAAAUAAAAAGAUGUAGGUGUGGUGGUGGUGGUGGUGGUGGUGUGUGUGAAAGAGGGAGAAAGGCAGUGUGAGAGAGGAAGAGAGAAAGGAAAGCCAGUACAAUACCUGGGUUGCAGACAUUCUCAGAUGAAUUUUAGGAGAGGUUACAGAUGGAAGUUGAGGACCUGGAAAUUGCCAAUGUCCUUGAAAAGUCUUUUGUGUACCCUCAAAGACACUUGUACCUGCUAUUCAAGGUAAUCAGUAAUAAACACAAACAGUAUAACUCCUAUUUGGAAGGUACUGUACCACGAUGUAUAAAUAACACUUCAACAGUGAUUUCCUUGGAGUUCACUAUCCGUUGGGGAGACACACACAAAAUCAUUGAGAGCAACGGAAAGAAGACUUUCAUUGAAACAUAGCAAAUUGAACCCAUGUUUAUUACACACCUAACUAAAAUGGUAGAAAAGAAACAAAGAGCAUAAACCCAUAAGGCAAAGAGAAAAGUAGAGGAGAUGAAACAUGAGAAAUUGCAACUCUUUUGGAAGCUGGAAAGUUGAUAGAAUCCUGAAUGCCAACUUAAACAACAAAACAAGGCCAAAUUGUUGGUCUACAGUGACAGAAAGUCAACAGUAAGCAAACCAAUUUAUGCCACAGAACUUUGCAAAGGCUCCAAACUUGAUGGUACAAUACACUCAUCAGCCAAGGUGCAGGGAGUGCUCGAAGACAGAAAGAGUGGUGCUAAGUUUAUGUAAGAAACUGUGCCCCUGUGUACUCCUCUCCUGUUUGUGCUGUUUCAGUGGGUUUAUUUUUAUUAUUAUUAUUUUUUAUUACUUGAAUGUGACAUACUGUGAGUUAGCAGUAGUAUACACCUGGGUUCAACCUGCUAUAAUUAAUGAAUACUAUGUUAAUUUAAAAUUAAAUAAGACAUAGUACAAGUUGCCAUAUGCUACAAGCCACUUGGGUUAUAGAUAAUAAAUGCUAUUAAACCUCGUUGAUAAAUCCCCAGCACUGGAUCUUACUCUCCCCAAAAUUCUGGACAAAAUCAAGAAUGAAAAACCAUGGAACUAUUGGGUAACAUUUUUACAUGGACAUUGUGGUAUACACUUGAUAAAACAAUUCCCUUCCUUAAGCAGUCCUGAGGGUACUCUGAAAAGAUUGGUUCUGUACUAGGCAAAUCCAUAGGAUCACUAAACAUAUAAGCCAAUACAACUAGAUACUUGCACAAAGAAAAUCAUCCCUAACUAGUUAGCUGCCUUGAGGGGAAUCAGUGUGUAUGUGGACAAAGGAGAAAACACUCAUUCACAUAAAAUUUAACAGCUAGUAUUAAGUACCUGUGUUUGUCCUCUGAGGAUUCAUAGGCUAUUAAACACUUAUAGACAUGUCUUAAGUGGUGCAAACUUAAGUCACUAGAGAGCUUAGAGUAGAAAAUUGCAGGGAGAGUUCGGUAAAGCCUUUCAAGGGAGGUGUAUUUGGCUGAGAAAGAGUUGUUGAGCCCAUGCAAAUAUAUAUAUGUGUGUGAUUAAUACUCAGAUAUAUAAAAUAUAGUUAAUUGAUCAGCUUGUAAUCAACAUUUAAAUGUCCAAGAAAAGUUGAUUUUUUCACAUUUUACUAGAUUUAUUGGUUUAAUAUCUUUAACAUUAUGAUAAAAGAAUGAGAGAUAUUAUUUCACUUUUUCAGAAGAAUAAUGAGGGUCACUCCUGGGGACGUUGGUCCUCAGAGCCUUGAUACAGCUACUCAUCCCCAUCACUCUCUGCAAGGCCAGAGGGAACACAUCCCCUUACAGUAGAGUCUCUGUUGUAUGAUUUUUGUGUUCUUGUUUGUAAUUUAUGCAAGCCUAACACAAUUAUACUAACUUAACACAUUAAAGAUGAGAGUGGAAAGGAGGUGACAUAUGAGAGAUAUUGAGAAGGUAGAAAUGACAGAAUUUAGCGAUCAGUUGAUUUUGGUGGUAAGAGAGGUAUACCUAGGAAGGUUUCAAGAUCUGUUGUCUGGAUGACUGUAUAAUAAAAGUAUUCAUUUCAGUAUAAUUAUAACAAUAAUAGCAACUACUACCUUGGCAAAUAUAAACUGACGCUAGCAAUGGGAGAAACGUCAAACUAUUUUUAACAUAAUGGAAUAUUACAGUUUGUGAAAAUUUUCAGAUACCACUUGGGUAUCUGAAAAUGUGUCUAUAGAGUUUGAUAGUGAACAAGUUGCUAAUAGUUAUCAUAUUUGGGUGGUAAGAUUAUAAAUUACACUUUUUAUUUCCUUACUUUCCAAUUUUAUUUUCUUUCUUUCCUUCUUCCUUUCCUUCUUUCUUCCUUUCCUUCUUUCUUCCUUCCUUCCUUCCUUCCUUCCUUCCUUCCUUCCUUCCUUCCUUCCUCCCUUCCUUCCUUCCUCCCUUCCUUUCUUUCCUUCUUUCUUUCUUUCCUUCUCUCUCUCUCUUUUUUUCUUUCUUGUGUGGCUUGCAGGUCCCCAAAGAGGGAUUGAACCUCGGCCACGGCAGUGAGUGCCGAGGCCUAACCACUGGGCCGCCAGGAAAUUCUCUUCAAUUUUCUUUUUAAAACUUAAUGAGAUGCACUUGACCUACAAUAAUCCGCACAUGUUUAAAGUGUAUAAUUUGAUGGAUUUUGACAUAUGUAUACACUCAUGAAAUCAUCACCACAAGCGAGAUAAUUAAACCUUGCCCCACAAAGUGUCCAUGUGCCCUUUUGGAAUCCUUCCCACCCAUUCCUCUUUGCUUACCCUAUCCCCCACCAAUCCCCAGACAACCACAAAUAUAGUUUAUUUAACUAUGGAAUAGUUUGCAUUUUUUGAAUUUAUAUAAAUAGAAUUAUAUAGUAUGUACAUUUUCGGUCUGCCUUCUUUCAGCAUAAUUAUUUUGGGAAUCAUUCUUGUUCUUAUGGCUGUCAACAGUUCAUUCCUUUUUAUUGAUAGUAGUAUUCCACUGUAUGGAUAUACCAGAUUCGUUUAUCCAUUCAUGUAUUGAUGGACAUUUAGACUGUUUCUAGUUUUUGGCUAUUACAAAUAAAGCUGCUAUGAACAUUCA